AUGAUCACAUUCCUCUCCAAGUUCAACAUUUUGUUGUACGCUGCUCCUACUGUGCCAUUUAGCUUGCCAACCUCGCCUACACUCGGUCCAGCUAUUCUCGACUUCCAACACACACCGCAACUUCCUCAAUUGGGCGACUUCGGCACCGCCGCAUCACAGGAAGCCUCGGCCUCUGCUCCUAAAUACAACGUGUCAGUACUUAAGGUGGCUUUCUACGGCUUCUGUCGGGCGCCGUUACAUCAAGCACCCCGCCUGAGCUACUCCUUCGCUUUCGCCCGACCCAUCACUCCCGCUUUCACAACCCACCCCUACCGAAGAACCAUGGCAACGCUGGGGGCUCACAAGAAGCACAAGGUGACCAUCGUGGGCUCCGGUAACUGGGGCACCACGAUGUCAAAGCUUGUCGCCGAGAACGUCAAGGCAUAUCCAACACUCUUCGAAGAGCAAGUAGAUGUGUGGGUCUACGAGGAGGAGGUCACCCUGCCCAAAGAAUCCCGCCACUACGAAGCUGGCUCCGAACUCGCAACGAAACCGCAGAAGCUCUCAGAGCUCUUCAACAAGCUGCACGAGAACGUCAAGUAUCUGCCGUGUAUCACCUUGCCUGAGAAUGUUGUCGCCAAUCCCGAUCUCGUCGAUUCCUGCAAAGAUUCUACCAUACUCGUAUUCGUCUUGCCCCACCAGUUCAUCCCGCGGGUGUGCGACCAGUUGGCGGGCAAGAUCGUGCCAUACGCGCGCGCCAUAUGCUGCACAAAGGGUGUGGACGUCAGCGAGAAAGGCAUCAGGCUCAUGUCGGAGGCUAUUGGCAUGCGGCUAAAUAUCUACUGUGGAGCUCUGUCAGGCGCAAAUAUCGCCACGGAGAUCGCUCAAGAGAAGUAUUCGGAGACCACUGUCGCGUACGACCCGCCCCCAAUGGACUCUCGCGCACCGACGCCGAAGGGCUCACCCAACGCUUCAAUGGUGGAUCUUAUCUCUCCAUCCAAACCAGUCCCUAGUGAGCGAUCAGCGAGACUGAAGGCCGUACCGAACGAAUACCCUCCGCUCUCACACGAAAAUGUCCGGAAAUUGUUCCAUCGCCCCUAUUUCCACGUCCGUAUCGUAGACGACGUAGUGGGCGUGUCCCUCGGCGGUGCGCUAAAGAACAUCAUUGCUCUUGCUGCCGGUUUCGUCGACGGUCUUGGCUGGGGAGACAACGCAAAGGCAGCAGUCAUGCGCGUGGGCAUCCUCGAGAUGGUGAAGUUCGGCAAGGAGUUCUUCCCAGACAGCUCAAAAACGUCCACAUUCACCGAGGAGUCAUGCGGUGUAGCCGAUGUCAUUACGUCCUGUAUGGGCGGCCGCAACUUCCGCUGUGCAAAGAUGGCGACCCAGAGAGGCGAGUCUAUAUAUGAGAUCGAGCAGAAAGAGCUUAAUGGGCAAAAACUGCAAGGUACCAGCACCGCGUACGAAGUCAACUCAUUCCUCAAGCACCAGGGCUUAGAGAGCGAGUUCCCACUUUUCACGGCCGUGUACAACAUUCUUGAGGGCAACAACAAACCCGAAGAUAUCCCCGAGUUGAUCGAGCCGAAGAUUUAG